UCCAUUCUGGAUACCCAUAGCAAGUUCAUUCUGGAUACCCAUAGUAAGUCCAUUCUGGAUACCCCUACUAAGUUCAUUCUGGAUACCCCUAGUAAGUCCAUUCUAGAUACCCAUAGUAAGUUCAUUCUGGAUACCCCUAGUAAGUUCAUUCUGGAUACCCCUAUUAAGUCCAUUCUGGAUACCCCUAGAAAGUCCAUUUUGGAUACCCCUAGUAAGUUCAUUCUGGAUACCCAUAGUAAGUCCAUUCUGGAUGCCCAUAGUAAGUCCAUUCUGGAUGCCCAUAGUAAGUCCAUUCUGGAUACCCCUAGUAAGUCCAUUCUGGAUACCCAUAGUAAGUCCAUUCUGGAUACCCCUAGUAAGUUCAUUCUGGAUACCCAUAGUAAGUCCAUUCUGGAUACCCAUAGUUAUAAGUCCAUUCUGGAUACCCCUACUAAGUUCAUUCUGGAUACCCCUAGUAAGUCCAUUCUGGAUACCCAUAGUAAGUCCAUUCUAGAUACCCAUAGUAAGUUCAUUCUGGAUACCCCUAGUAAGUUCAUUCUGGAUACCCCUAUUAAGUCCAUUCUGGAUACCCCUAGAAAGUCCAUUUUGGAUACCCCUAGUAAGUUCAUUCUGGAUACCCCUAGUAAGUCCAUUCUGGAUGCCCAUAGUAAGUCCAUUCUGGAUACCCAUAGUAAGUCCAAUCUGGAUACCCCUAGUAAGUUCAUUCUGGAUACCCAUAGUAAGUCCAUUCUGGAUACCAAUAGUAAGUCCAUUUUGGAUACCCCUAGUAAGUCCAUUCUGGAUACCCCUAGUAAGUCCACUCUGGAUACCCAUAGUAAGUCCAUUCUGGAUACCCAUAGUAAGUCCAUUCUGGAUACCCAUAGUAAGUCCAUUCUGGAAUAUUUUUUGACUAGUACGAUUUGUCCAUUUUAA